CUCGGCAUCGAGAUCACUCUUUGCCUCCUCACUACUUCCACAGUCUUUAUUGAAAGCUCCUCUGAUCAUGGCAGAGCGCAGUCGUGUCUACGUAGCGCCAACCGCCAAGUCUUUGGCAAGUCUCCAGAAGAUUACCAAUGAUGCAAAAGCCGCCAGUAAGAUCACCGAGUUGGUCUUCCUAGCAGAGAUCCUCGACUCGAAACGAAUGAAUGCUUUGACCGAAAGAGAAUACAUGGUCGUCUGCGAGGAUGCAGUCGCAGACGGAAAGAUUCAGCUGCCGAGCGACUUCGAGUGCAACACGGCAUCCCUGAAGGCCAGCUGGCAGCGAUACCGAGACGUCGUGGCGGAACACCAAGUGCAGCGUGAUGGAACCAAAGAGACUCUGAAAACGUGCCUCCUAAAGCUGGUCAGCCUACACACAGUGCGUGUUCAAAAUAAGAUCGACUCUCCAGGACUCAAUGAAGACCCAUUUUACCUCGCCCCCGCCCGUGAUGUACACAAGAGUCCAGACGGAGGUACACGGCUGGCAUUCCGAUUUGCCAGCGACCGCAACCUUGUGAUGAACGGCGUGAAUCAUCUAUUCGAAGCGCUCGCUGAGUGCGAAAAACCCAUCAAAACCCUGAACAUUGGCAACGGACUGAGUGAUCAAGCCGAAUACGGGAUCAAUGGAGUUGGUUGCUACAGUGCAUUUCCACCACUCCGGCAGCUCGCGCCCAAACUCACGCAUCUCACGUUGAGCGCAAAAGACUGUGACACAGGACGCUAUUACGAAAGGACAGCAUCUGGCGAAUGGCGCGAGUUCUUUCGAGCUGCCUGCAAUCUUCAAUAUCUCCGCAUCUACCCCGAACUGAUGCAGGACGGCACAAUCUGGAGAAGUAACGAGCACGGGACAGUACUUGGUCUUGUACUCGCGCACCACACGUUCCCGCACUUGCACACAUUCAAGGUCAUCGGAUUCUGGACGAGGCCCACGAAUGUUCGCGCCGUCUGGCUGAAUGCAUUUCUCCGUCGACAUCAGGACUCAAUUCGGCAUCUUGAGCUUUCCGGCGUGCUCGUCGUCAACUGGUACAGUUCGAAAGGAACCGCGGCUACCAUGGCAAAGAGCAUUCGAAUGAUGAAGAGCACGCUGAGCCUGCAAACGGCCACGAUGAUUUGAAUCGCCGCGAUGAAAAUGAGAAGAAGGCAAACGUAGAUGGCGAGGGCGAGUCAGAGUGGCACAAAACACGCCUCCUCGGCUACCCAUCGACCGUGGAUAAUGAGUGGAUUGCGAUGACCCAGUUGGAUGGCCUGGCGAAGGAUCUCGGCAUACAUCUCGAAGGGGGAGAAAUGUGGGAUUUUGGCGAGUUCAUCAUGAAUCGAUAGCCGCUCGCAGGUCCGGGUCGAUAUUGCGAUAUCGUUGCGGCGAGCUCGGUGGUGUGACCGAACGCCAUCUUGUAGCUUGCAUAUCGUGCGAUACGCAGUCCGUCCACAUACGAGACACACGGCUCAUCUCCUGAUUCGAGACUAGAUGUCCCCUGUACAGCUCAUUCUCCAAAUCCAUCUCUUGCCCCAACACCCUAGAUCUUCAUCUCAAGCGCCCUUCCCACCAGCAGCAGUCCUCU